GCUACAAAAAAUACCGCAUAAUUUUGCUUCACUGUGAAAAUAUCAAUGUUUGUUUAUUUCAGGUUGGUAAAAUGGGUAGCGAGGGAAAAUACACAUUUUUCUGCGAUUACGGUUGAACUAUGUGACACAACAAUGAAACUACACAUGAUUUAGAUAAAUAUUAUGAUAAUUUAUCACCAAAAUGCUGUAGCACUUGUUAUGCGAGUCUUAUAUAUUUAAUAUUCACGAUUUAUUAAAACCCGGGCCAAAAGGAAACCGGAUACGGUAACCCGGGCCAGAUAUUAAAAUUCCGAAUAAAAUGAGGAUGUUAGCCAUCACGUGCACGAUCUCAUGAAACGUGACAUUGCACGGUUCUUAUCACUUGGAGGUGUCCUCAUAAGAACCAUCUUUUUAAUUUAAAUUUUAACCUAACUAUCAUUAAGUUACUUACGACGGCGUAUUCGUGCCAAUUUAACCUAGCAGAAAAAUAAAAAUAAUCGUUUCUACGAUUUAUUUAAUGGUAGAAACGAUGUAAAAAGUCGUUUCUACGAUUUAGUAAGUCGUUUCUACGAUUUAGAAAGUCGUUUCUACGAUUUUUAGGUUUCGGGUGACAUUGCAAUUGCUUGUCGUCUGUGAUCGUGCGUUAACAAUAUUGAACAUUUUUAACUUCUUGAUAAGUAUGAUCAUUCCAAUUCCUUUCAAAUUUGGUAUGAAGCAUCUUUGGGACAAAGGGGACAUAAAUGGUAAAUUUCAGGACUGGCCUUAAAGGCAGGGCAAAAACUGCCACAGAAUUGAAUAAUUUUCAACAAUCUUCUUCUCUACCACCACAUAUAUGUAAGAAAAACUAAAUGCAUAGUGAUGUAGAGCAGGAAGGCCUACCAAAAUUGCAAUUUUCAUGAUCCUCAAAUUUAACUUAAAAUUUAACAAGCAUAUGCAGACUUACUUGCGUGCCAUUUUGAAAAUAAAAUUUAUGUACAUAUACUGUGUUGUUAAUUGUUUCAUUUAAAAAUUAGAUAUAUAAUAUCAUCAUUUUAUAUUAUGAAUAUGCACACUUCAUAUCUUGAUGUUUUAAGAUGUUUUUAAAUUAUAUAUCUUUUAUUAAUGAAGAAAUGAAUACUAGCACUAUAAAUACAAUAUUUUAAGUCAUUAUUAUACGGAUCAUAAUCAGUUUGGUUAAAAUGUUUUUGAUUUUUAAUAAAUUACCAUUUUUUAUUAUUUUUAUUUUAAUCAGGCAUGGUAUACAAAGUAAUUAAUUGCUCUCCAUAUAAUCCUCUUUAAACUCUAUCUUCAGUUUAAAUAUUCAUAAAGUAGGCAUAAUUUAUCAGUCGGUGAUAUUUUUUUAGGACCAUUAUUAUUGGUUAAUUAAUCAAAGCAUUAGUAAUUAAAUCGGAAUAAAUAACGCCGGCCCGGGUCGACCGCAUCCGGUUUCCUUUUGGCCCGGGUUUGGAAAAAUCGCCGAUAAUUAAGAUAAAAGGCAUUUAAAUGGUCAAAUAAUGCAUUAAGUAUCAAAUUCAACUCUAUGUGAAUUGAAAAAAUGCUAGGUUUUCAGCAGCAGAUGCAUAUUAUACAGAAAAUAUGCAAUAAUGUGUGUUUUGGUCUCGCUACCCAUUUUACCAACCAGAUUUCAUACAAUCAUUGAAUUCCUUACCUAUAGGUAAUAUUAUGUGCUAAAAUUUGUGGCGAAGACUAAAUAUAUCAUUGAGAAUAUAUUCCGAAAGUUUCAAAAGAAACAAUGACAUAUCAACGAAGAAAACUAAAAAAUUCGGAUUACGAAGGUGAUCUGACCCGGCCCGGCCCGGUUUUUACUACCCAUUUUAUCAACUAUCCGUUCCGAUCGACUAUUAUUUACCGUUCUCGCAUCGUUCGAAAACAUGGCAGAUACCGCAGCUCCCGCGAAAAAGGUUUCCAAGCCCAAGGUGCCCGUAGCGCACCCAAAAUACAUCGACAUGAUCAAGGCUGCCCUCGGGUCACUGAAAGAGCGUGGUGGAUCUUCUCACAGAUUAAAGAACCUGAUGGCCAAUUAUAAAGUGGGCAAUGACGUCAACUCCAUCAAUGCCCACCUCAAAAUGGCCCUGAAGAAUGGAGUCAAAAAGGGUGCUUUGAAGCAAGCCAAGGGUAAAGGUGCCAGCGGUUCCUUCAAGCUUGGAGAUAAGCCCAAGGCUGAGCAGAAGCCUAAAGCCAAGAAAGUAGCCAAACCAAAGGCUGCUGCUGCUGCCAAGCCCAAGAAGGUGGCCGUAGAGAAAAAAGUGAAGAAGACGCCAAAGAAACCAGCCGCACCCAAGAAGGCCAAGACUCCCAAGAAGAAGGCGGCAGCCAAGGCCCCCAAGAAGGCCAAGAAGCCCGCCGCCAAAAAAUCCAAGACCCGCAAGAAAGCCGCCGCCAAGAAAUAAGCAGUCUUUGCAAUAUUCCUGCACAGAGUGUUUACUCACAAAAUAAAAGCCCUUUUUAGGGCUACCAACAUUUUUAGAAAAGAUGCCGUUCUUACACGUGUGAGAGAAAUGCGUUUCUACGUCAUUUAAGUGAAUACUGAUUCAAGCUGUUUUAACGUUUUCAUACUUUGAUUUACUUGUCCUGCAUGUCAUUCAGUUAAAAGAGGGGGGAGAGGAAACUAACCCACACUUUUACAAACAAUAUGACAUUUUUUUAUCUGAUUUAGUAGCUCUCCCUUCCUAAAGCUGUAGGGUAAGAAAUAAGAUGGAGACCGGUGAAUUAUGACAACAUAUAGUACAGUACCUGCAUCAUUGAGUCCUCAUUCGUUUGAGUAAAGCUAGCUGAAUUGAAACAUUCAUAUAUAUAUAUGCAUUUCUUAUACAUCCAAUAGCUUGAUUACUUUCAUUCGGUUUCUUGUCCGAUAAGAAAACAAAAAUUGAAAAUAUCAUCCGUGGACUUUUAUUUCAGUACUUGAUUUGUAUACAGUCUCGGUU